UGAUUUACAAUUAAGUAACAACAAUGGACGAAGUGUAUUCGUUUUACAAUCGUCACGCAUCGAAAAAGCUCAAUAUGACCGAAUACUUCAAGGAAUACAGUGAAAUAGUAAAACCAAUUGUACAUCGAGAAGACCAGUCGGACGAAGAAAGACUUUCCGAACUUAUGAAUGCAAAUCUGACAGAGGCGAGGAAAAGUUUGAUAGCAAGUUACUGCAGCAUCGACAAUUUAACAAUAUCAAUAGAAACCACCAUUACAGAAGAAAAAGAUAAACAUGAAUAUCUCAAGAUGCCUGAGAAUAUCUUGGAUAAAGUUCCGCUAGAAACAAUUAAGAUAUUAAAAUCUUUAAUUGACUCAGCGACAAAAUCAGGAAAUUUACAUGGAAUUCCAAUUAAAUAUGACAAAGUAGAAUCAUCCAGUAAUGAUUCUGUGAAACCAUACGAAGAAUUUUUAGUUUACGUUAGAGUAUACGAACCGUUCAAUCACCAGGCUGUGUCUCUGAGGCACAAGAUGAAAGUUACUGUUUUCCCGACUCUUAAACUUAAAUGCACCAUAUCAAUUCUAGGUUGUCAAACCCUUUAUGAUUUACGUCAAAAGAUAUCAUGUCUGUCUGAUCUGACGAUUUCGACUGAGGUCAGCGAAAACCCAGAUCAAGAGGAAGGAUCAUUGGCUAAAAACGUUUACAAAUCGGGAUUCUUUUACAUCGAAGAUACGUUUUACAAUGACUCUAGUGACCCGAACAAUGUCGAUUACAGCAGCGUUAUAAUAGAAUGGUCAAAACACAAAAAUCGCAAUAUAGGCCCGUUUAAAGUCGCUACCAUGGACACGCGUAUAAACACUCUUGUUGCUAGAUUCGGUUUUCCAUGGGUCUAUCAGCAUCAGGGCAAUUGCGAGCAUGUGAUCGUAUUGAGCGAUGCCAGAUUGGUGACUGAAAAGGACGAAUUAACAUAUUCCGCUUAUCCAAGGGUGGAGAGAAUAAAACCUUUUAUUGGAAAAAAUUGCAUCAUGUGCGGAAUACUUAAUGUGCAUUGGAUUAUUACGGAACACGACAGAAUUCCGCACGAUCUGAGCUACUGGUGCGACAAGUGUUUUGUAUCUUACAAUUACAUUGACGGCAAAAAAAUUGGAAAUUUCAAGGCGUACAAAUAUCCUCGUAUUCCGAAACUAAUGUAUAUUAACAAAAAAUGUUAAUAACCACCUUUUAUAGUUGUUAUAUUUAAUAAAUUACUUUAAUAUAUUAAAAAA